AUGAGAAACCACACAGCAAUAACCACCUUCAUCCUACUGGGAUUAUCAGAUGACCCACAGCUGCAGAUUAUAAGCUUCAUAUUUCUAUUAAUUGCCUACAUGUUGAGCGUAACUGGAAACCUGACCAUCAUCCUCCUCAUUUUAGUGGAUUCCCACCUUAAAACUGCAAUGUACUUUUUUCUCCAAAAUUUUUCUUUCCUAGAAAUUUCAUUCACUUCUGCUUGUAUUCCCAGAUUCUUGUACAGUCUGUCAACUGGUGACAGGACCAUUACCUAUAGUGCUUGUUUAAGUCAAAUAUAUUUUGAAUAUGUGUUAGCAGUAACAGAAUUUUUCCUCCUGACCAUCAUGUCCUAUGAUCGGUACGUGGCCAUCUGCAAACCCCUGCACUAUGUGACCAUCAUGAACCGCAGGGUCUGCCAAACACUUGUCUUCUGCUGUUGGAUGAUGACUUUGCUGCUGAUGUUGCCACUAUUUAUUUUGUUAUUGGGCCUGGAAUUUUGCGACUCUAAUGCCAUCGACCACUUUCUCUGUGAUGCUAAUCCUCUGAUGAAGAUCUCAUGCUCAGAUACUUGGCUUGUAGAACAGAUUCUUGUUGUCUGUUCUGUGUUGAUCUUCAUUAUGACUCUCGUGUGUGUGGUUUUAUCCUACAUUUAUAUUGUGAGAACGAUUCUAAGGUUCCCAUCAGCCCAGCAAAAAAAGAAGGCAUUUUCCACCUGUUCUUCCCACAUGAUUGUGCUUUCCAUAUCCUACGGCAGCUGUAUCUUUGUCUACAUCAAACCUUCAGCAAAAGAUGACACGGCUAUGAAUAAAGGGAUUACAUUAUUAAAUACUUCCAUCUCCCCCAUGUUGAACCCAUUUAUUUAUACUCUGAGGAACAAGCAAGUGAUACAAGCCUUUAAUGACUUAAUUAAAAAAUUGUACUCCUCUCAAUGA